GCGGCGCUCAGGACAGCGGGGCCGGGCUGCUCUAAACCGAGCGGCUGUCACCUGCAGGGUCCAGCUCCGGGUAGUGACGCCCGGUGAGGGCGGUGUGUCUUUGUGUAUGCCGCCUUUCCUCCUUCGCUCAUGUAAUGCACUCCCUGAACCAAGAAAUCCAAGCAUUCUCCCGGAAUAACCUCAGGAAGCAGUGCACCAGGGUGACCACGCUAACUGGAAAGAAACUUAGAGAGACCUGGAAAGAUGCCACAGUUGAAGUUGUGGAAGAAGAGCCCGGCGGUGGGGGUGGUUGUGGCUACGUGCAGGACCUUAGCUUGGACCUGCAAGUUGGCGUUAUUAAGCCCUGGCUGCUUCUGGGGUCACAGGAUGCCGCUCAUGAUUUGGAGCUACUGAGGAAAUACAAGGUGACCCAUAUUCUCAAUGUUGCUUAUGGAGUAGAAAAUGCCUUCCUUACUGAGUUUACAUAUAAGACCAUUUCUAUACUGGAUGUGCCUGAAACCAAUAUCCUGUCCUAUUUUCCAGAAUGUUUUCAGUUUAUUGAGCAAGCAAAACUGAAGGAUGGCGUGGUCCUCGUUCACUGUAACGCAGGGGUUUCCAGGGCUGCUGCCAUUGUCAUCGGCUUCCUGAUGACUUUUGAAGAGAUGGAGUUCACCAGAGCUUUGUCGUUGGUGAAAAGUGCAAGGCCGUGCACAUGUCCGAAUCCUGGCUUUGUAGAACAGCUUCGCGCCUACCGAGUGGGCAGAGGAAACAGUGGAGAUGACUAGCUACCCGCAGCGGACAGGGACCGUGGUCCAUGAUCUGUGCUCUAGCAGAGACAGACCAACAGCUUCUCCAUUGGCCUCUGUUUUGGAGAGAAAACGUGUAAAACUUCUCUUUCCUGUUGUCUUUUGCCAGUGGAAAUGGGGGUUAUUUGCAUUGCCCUGAAUAUUAAUACAUUUUUAAGUUUUACCAUCACUUUGUUAUUGCAAUAUCUGGUUAAGUAUUUCUUUGAAUUACAAAGAGAAGAUAAUGUAUUAUCAAAUCACUAAAUCACAUAUGUGUAGGAGAAAUUUUAAACCUUAAAUUUUUUGUUAGAGAUAGAAAAGCAGUCAAUGAAGCCUUUUAAUUAAUUUUUUUUCUCAUACAAAAUUUCAUGAACAAAACCUUUUGAAGUGGUAGACUUACUAAGUGAAGACUUACCAUUUCAAAAAAGGUAAAAUUUUUGUAAAGAAUUUUUUCUAAGUUAAAAAAUAAUAUCUUGGGGCUGGAGAGAUGGCUCAGAGGUUAAGAGCAUUGCCUGCUCUUUUAAAGGUCCUGAGUUCAAUUCCCAGCAACCACAUGGUGGCUCACAACCAUCCGUAAUGAGGUCUGGUGCCCUCUUCUGGCUUCCAGGCAUACGUGCAGACAGAAUAUUGUAUACAUAAUAAAUAAAUAUUUAAAAAAAAUAAUAUCUUCAGCUUCUCCCAAAGAGUACCAGAAUCAAAGGCUUAUAUAAAAGCUAUCUAAUGCUUAUAAAUACAUGUAACUUAAAUCCUCUUAUGAAAAACAAGUUUCUGGUGAUAUUUGAUAACAAAUAAAGCUUCCCUGAGGAUCAGAGUGCGGAACUAGCCACACUAACUAGCCAUAGAGGCUGGGCAGUGGUGGUGCACACCUUUAAUCCCAGCACUCUGGGAAGCAGACAGACAGAUCUCUGUGAGUUCAAGGCCUCUCUAGGCUACUCAAGAUCAAAUCAGUCUAAAAGAAAAACAGAGCUCACAUCUUUGAUCCCAGCACUGGGGAUCCCACUCAUUUAAUCUCAGCACUAGGGAGGUGGAGACAGGAGUGAUGGCUGGGCAGAGAGGAAUAUAAGGUGGGAGGAGACAGGCGCUCAGAGCAUCCAGUCUGGGGAUCUGUAGAGUCAGGAGCGAUGGCUGGGCAGAGAGGAAUAUAAGGUGGGAGGAGACAGGAGCUCAGAGCAUCCAGUCUGGGGAUCUGUAGAGACAGGACCUUGCCUAUUGGGUCUGAGCAUUUGAAGAGGUAAGAACACUAGUGGCUGGCUGCUCUGCUUCUCUGAUCUUUUGGCUUUUACCCCCUAAUAUCUGACUUCAGGUUUUUAUUUAAUAGGACCAAUUAAGAAUACAUUAUACAAAUUUUCAUUUUGACUUUUAAAUUUGGUCUUAUUAUAAGCAUUUUCUUUUAUUCGUUAGAUGAUUGCAUAGAUGCUCUAUGUUAUAAUUUUAUGAUUUUUUUUUAAUUAAGCGUUAUCACUUACACUUUGCUCUUUUUAACUUGGGUGCUAAGUGUUCUGUUUAUGAGUUUCCUGCCAUAUUUUUUGUCUCCUGGGAUCUCUAAAAUCUAUCUUAUAGUGAAAGAUGAUUUUUUUAAAAUAAAAUCUUAAGAUUGAUCUAUUUUAUAUUUCAGUAUUCUAUUGAAAAACAUAUUUUCUAAGGAAAAAAUAUGAAUCUAUAAAAAAAUUUAAAUAUUUAUAGAAUGCUCAACAUUGUGUACAUUUUUUUCCUGGAAGAACACUUUGAACCGUUUUUUUCUCUAAUGCUUCCAUGAUAACAAAACUGAAUUAUGUACAUUGUAUAUUUGCUAUAUGGUUUUGAGUUUGAGGCAGGGGAUUACAGAUCAAGUGGGAGAGUGUAUGCUUAGUUUGCUAAGAGGCCCUGACUUCCAUCAUCAGCAACACACACACAUACACACACAAAUAAAAAUCUUUAAAAUUUUUAUGUAGGUACAUACUGCAAAUUUUAUCUUUGUCUAGUUAUGAGGGAUUUUUUUAUGCUUUUUGAGUGACAUUUGUGAUAGGUUCUAAAAGAUAAGUAGGAGUUGACUGAAGGUGAGUGGGUUGUGGCAGAUUUUUCAGAACUGAGUCAGGAACAUAUGUAAAAGCCAAAAAUGAGGAAGAGCACGAAACAUUGGCAUAUGAAGGACUUACUGAGCUGUGGCUGAGAUGAGGGAGCACUGAGGCGGAGGGCAUGGGAUGCCGUCCAUCACUGAGGCGGAGGGCAUGGGAUGCCGUCCAUCACUGAGGCGGAGGGCAUGGGAUGCCGUCCAUCACUGAGGCGGAGGGCAUGGGAUGGAGGGUGUGGGAUGCCGUCCAUCACUGAGGCGGAGGGCAUGGGAUGCCGUUCAUCACUGAGGCAGAGGGCAUGGGAUGCCCUCCAUCACUGAGGUGGAGGGCAUGGGAUGGAAGGUAUGGGAUGCUGUCCAUGGAUGUGGACUGUCGGCCAGAUCAUCGAGACCUGGUCCAGCGCUUUCGGAUGUUAGUCUUUCAGAACAGUGGAAAGAUUAAAGGUUGUAAUCAUAAUUUGCUUAGAAAGUUUUCUUUUACUUUCAUUUUUGUGUGUAUAGAUAUUUUCCCUGCGUAUUUGUCUGUGUGCCAUGUGUAUGCAGAGUCCAUCGAGGCAUUGGAUUCCCCCACAGGACUAAAAUUUCAGACAACUGUGAGCUGUCCCUUGUGGGUGCUGAGAGCUGAACCCAGGUUCUCUGUAAGAGCAGCCAGUUCUUUUAACCCCUGAACCAUUUCUUCAGCCUCAAGAAUGAUAGUUCAUUUAUUUGAGGCAAGGUCUUGUGUUUGUUGUUGUUGUUGUUGGGGUUUUUUGUUUGUUUGUUUGGUUUUGGUUUUUUGAGACCGGGUUUCUCUGUAGCUUUGGAGCCUGAUCUGGAACUAGCUCUUGUAGACCAGGCUGGUCUUGAACUGCCUGCCUCUGCCUCCUGAGUGCUGGGAUUAAAGGCCUGCACACCACUGCCCGGCCCAAGGUCUUGCGUCUUACAGGUGGGCUCCGAUUUGCUACCGAACUGAGGAUGACCUUUCACUUCUGGUCCCCUCUCCAUCAGCUCCCAAGUGUUGCAGUUAACAGGCAUAGACACCAAGGCUGGUUUAUGUCGUUGGUGCUGGCUUUCACGCAUGCUCUGCAGGCACGCUAGCAGCUGGGCUAUAUCCCUAACCUUCAGACCGUUGUCUUAAUGAUUCAGUCUGUUUGUAUUGCCUUGACUGAGUUGGGAGGAAAAACAAGGCAAGUAAGGAGGUUAGGUCCAGGCUUCAGGUGGUGAAGCCAGGUUUAGUUGAUGCAGUAAAGAUGGAAAGAAGGGGAAGCUAGAGACUUCAGAACACCUACUGUUCUGUCCAAGAACCAAGCACAAACAUCAGGUAACUCACAGCAGCCUGUAACUGUAGCUCCAGCUCCAGGGUAUAGGACACCUUUGGCUGCUACAGGUGCCUGCAUGCACAUGCGCACACCUACACCUAAUUAAAAUAAUAUAAAUGAAUCUUAUAAAAACAGAAAUAAGUGGAUACUUUGAAAAAUAUUUAGAGAGUGGGUCUUACAAGCCAUGGCAUUGAAUUUUAUUGAAAAAGAAGAGUUUUUAGCCGGGUAGUGGUGAGGCAAACUUUAAUCCCAGCACUUGGGAGGCACAGACAUGCAAAUCUCAGUGAAUUGGAGGCCAGCCUGGUCUACAGAGCGAGUUCCAGGACAGCCAGAGUGGUUACACAGAGAAACUCUGUCUCAAAAAACAAAACAAGAAAGAAAUGAAGAGAUUUCAGAAUCAUCCCAAGGCUUUCAGCUUUAAUGAGAAUAAGUAUUCAUUCCUACGUUGGCCUUUUAUAUUUGAUUCUACGUAUCCUUGAGAUAUACAAGUCAAAUGGGUAUGCCAAGAGGGUAACUAGAUGGGGCUUUUGGUUACUGGUAAGAAUUUGCAGUAGGAACAGACAGCAUCGCAAAAAGGAGAGUUUAAAGUCAAACUAAGGUAUAAAGCUGGAUUUUGGAGAACAACCAUGGCGGAAGCCAUGCUGUCACUCCUGGGAAUGGCGCAUAAGUGUUUUGCAAAUGGAGCUUGUUAGACUAGAGGGCAUGGCCCUUUGGAGAGUCCCCUCCACCUGACAAGGACCUAUGGAAACAAUAGGGCAAAAUCCUGCGCUGAUCCUAGGGAACUCAUGGGCUUCAGGCCUCUGUAGCUUUCGCUAUGGUAACUCUUAGCUUUGCUUUAAUGGCCAUGAUUGUGCCUGGGUUUACUGGGAACCAAAGCUCUGGUGUGUUACAGAAACCGGUUUCUCCAGUUGCCUUGUGUCCAGAGUAAGCAGAAAGAACUCACUAAGGCUUAUUCAUUUCCAAAUCAUUGCUUAUUCAAUUCCAAAACCAGAUAAAUAUACUCCAAAGAGCUUAAGAACUCGAAAAACAGUUUCUUAAAAGAUGACCGUAAAAACUUGUAGGAACAUGAAAGGUCAGACAUUCUCUGGCACCAGGACAUGAAUGCCUAGAUAUGUUUCUAAUAUAUCAAUAAAGGAAUCUAAAACUCCCAGUUCCUUUAAAUGGAAAGUACAUGCAGAAAUUGCCAAGACGAAUAGAAAUUUAGUCCCAACAGUUAGAGUUAGGUACUAAUCAUAACUAUUUUAAGAACUUAUAAAGAAUAGAAUUAUAAAUGUAUGGCACAUAAUAAAGGUGACAUACAGAUCCCUUAGGAACUGGUAUACACCUGAAAAUGAUAUCCUAGGCAUUGCAAUACCCUCAGCUGAUUUCAUAUUGUUAAGAACUAAUCACAGAGCCAGGCAGUGGUGGCACACGCCUUUAAUCCCAGCACUUGGGAGGCAGAGGCAGGCAGAUCUCUGUGAGUUCGAGACCAGCCUGGUCUACAAGAGCUAGUUCCAGGACAGGCUCCAAAACCACAGAGAAACCCUGUCUGGAAAAACCAAGAAAAAAAAAAAACUAAUCACAGGGCUUAAAUCUUUUUAUAACCACAUGUUUGCUGCCAGCUAGGGCACAGUAUGAAUAAGACGUACCUAGCUGGAUAAAAGCAUUUGGCUUGUAUUAUAAUGAUAUGGGGUAAAAGCCAAUGAUAUCAAGAGAGUAGGAAAAAAGAAGAGAAACUAAAAUGAAUAAAUGUUGAUGGUUCUUGGAAAACGAUUAAAGAGAAAUGAUUUGAAGCUGCUCAUGUUUGAAUGCAUUAGAACUUGUAUAAAAAAAUAGAGAUGGGUUGCCGGGCGGUGGUGGCGCACGCCUUUAAUCCCAGCACUUGGGAGGCAGAGGCAGACGGAUCUCUGUGAGUUCGAGGCCAGCCUGGUCUACAAGAGCUAGUUCCAGAACAGGAACCACAAAGCUAUGGAGAAAUCCUGUCUCGAAAAUCAAAAAAAAAAAAUGAGAUGGCCACAGCUAGUUGGGGCCAUGAGUUUGAAAGACAGUCCGUCAUUGAAUUCACACAUCUAUCCUCUAGCACAAGAACCCCGCUGGAGCUGGACUCUGGCACAAGAACCCCGCUGGAGCUGGACUCUGGCACAACCACAUUUAAAAGCUGGCUGGAGGGUGGGCCAAGAAAAGAGAUGUGGUCAGAGAGAGAAGCGAGCAACCGGAGCACACUGUCAAAGGAACUAAAGAAGACUCCAACAUGCGUGCUAAAUAAGAACAAAUGAUGCUGAGAGUUCCAUACGGCAAAUAUGUACCGAAGGCAGCUGGGCUUCACGGAGGAUAUGCUGACCUUGGGAAGAUCAGUUUGGUAGACGAGUGGUGGGAGAAGCCAGAUUUGUUUAUUAAAUGCUAUGUGAUUUGCCGAGUUACAGUUAAGGCAAUAAUAUGUAUCUAUUUGGGGGUGAGUAAGCCAGUGUAUUAUAUACAAGGUUGAUAUUACACUUUCUACAAUUCAAAUGAAUAAACUAAAUUCUAGAAUUACCAGUGCCCCAUAAUUAUUAAGUAUUCAAAGUUGAGAGGGUUGUACCAGUCCUCAACAAAAUACCUAUUCAUUAAAUAAAAAUAACUACCAGGCAAAGAAUAAUUGCUUCACUGAUUUUUUUACUAAUAUUUUUCACAAAAGUGGAGACAAAAAUAUAUGGGCUUAUUUGUCUUUUUGUUUGUUU